CACUGACAAUAACUAAGAAAGCAAAUUCCACUUGCCACUGACCUCAUCAAGGAAUAACGUAUGGUUUGAUUUAAAAAAAAAAAAACAACAAGAGAUUGCCCUUUGAUUUUGAUUCUUUUCUUCUUGUUCCUUGUGCUGCUCCGUCUUGUGGUUCACAUGGGGACGGGUCACACUAUAAUCUGUCCUUUUGGAGGAUAUAUUCGCCCAACUGUCUCAACCUCACCUCACUUUUCCUCCUGCUUAUAAGGAGCUCCUUUCAUGAUAUCCCUCCCAUACCACUCCCUUAACUUCAAACAAAAUCUUCUUUUAAGAGUCCCUUCCAUCACCUUGCUUUCACAUUCAGGCACCUGCAUACUUCUUUUACCUUUUCAGCCCUAUAAUUCUCUCACUUAAGAUUUUCACCAAUGGCAUCUAAUUCUCUCACUUCCUCACGUACCUCUGGCUCCUCCUGGACGGCAAAGCAAAACAAACUGUUCGAGAAGGCUCUGGCUAAAUAUGACAAAGACACUCCUGACCGCUGGCAUAACAUUGCCAAGGCUGUGGGUGGAAAGUCAGUUGAGGAAGUCAAGCUGCACUAUGAGAUCCUAGUCAGGGAUCUCAAAGACAUUGAGUCUGGCCGCUACCCUUAUCCAUAUCCAACCAACUAAAGCGCUGUUAGCUGAAGACUAUGAAUAUAUAUAUGCAUCUAGAGACCUCAGUUGCUGAGAGACUAGCCUAGUUCCCCACCUAAAGAAAUCCAUACAAAACUAAUUAUCCCAUUGGUGUAAUACUAAAUGCUGUUACUACUAUUUACCUUUUUUUUUUCUUUGUUAUUAUCAUCUAUUUGUAUUUUCCUUUGGCCUUUAUCUAGCUAAAGUAAAUGCUAUAUUUUGGUAACAGAUUUCAAA